AUGAUCAUGAGAGCUGACAAAGGAGGAGCUACAGUAGUCAUGAACACAAGUGAUUAUUUGGACAAAGCUUAUGCCCUUUUAAAUGAUACCCAAACUUAUCUCACACUGCGGUCCCCGCCCAUUGCCACCAAAAUGCAACAAGAAUUUAAUAGAAAAAUUAGAAAAAUAGCCAAUACCCUUUCUGAUCCUCUGCACAAAGAAUUAGUCUUAUCAAAAAUCUCUUCAAGAUCCCCUAGUGUACCUUACUUUUAUGGUGUUCCUAAGGUUCACAAACCUGGGUACCCCCUCAGGCCUAUUAUUGCUGCUUGUGGUUCACCGCAAAACACAUUAGCAGAGUGGUUGGCUCAGGUUCUUAGUCAGUUUCUUGGCACGUUCUCAAGUGCUCAUUUACAGCAUUCAUUCCAGUUUAUACAGCGGGUCAAAGAUAGUAAUUGGGUAGAUGGGAGGAUGGCGAGUUUAGAUGUUACAGCAUUAUUUACCAACGUUCCAUUAGAUUAUGUGAUCACAAAGUUACAGGAAGAACAUGAUCAAGGUAUAAUCGCCUCUCUUGACGUCGAGAGCCUCUUCACGAACGUUCCAGUCGACGAGACGAUUGAACACAUCCUCGACAGAGUAUACAGAUCCCCAUUUGAAAUGGCCCGAGAGGACACCUUGUCUCUUCCAGGUUCCUACAAGAGGGACAUGAGCGGGUUCUCUUGGGGGACCCGGGUUCCUGGACUCCAGAACUGA